AUGCCUUGCCCUAUUCACUGCUACAUGCUGUUCUAUUCAUCCCUGUCAGCUCUAGACGGUGGAGUCCGGCUGUCAGGAGGAGAGAGUCACUGUGAUGGCCAGGUGGAGGUUUACUACAACAGCACCUGGGGGAGACUCCUCCAGCACUCCUGGGGCUACAGAGAGGCCUCUGUGGUCUGCAGACAGCUGGGCUGUGGCUCAGUGGUGCAAAUAUACAACUCCUCUGUGUAUGAGACAGGCAACAGUGCUGUGUGUCUGACAGGUAUUCAUUGUUCUGGGGCCGAGUCUCACCUGGUGAACUGCAAUUCUCCACAGACAGUCAGCUGCAACAUUGGACAGGAUGUGGCCCUGCUCUGCUCAGCUCAGCACUCCCUCAGGCUGGUUGAGGGAGGAGAUGAUUGUGCUGGGAGGCUGGAGGUUUAUCACAAUGGCUCCUGGGGGACAGUCUGCGACGACUCUUGGGACCUGGCAGACUCUCAGGUGGUGUGCAGGCAGCUCCAGUGUGGGACGGCCCUCAGUGCCCCAGUACCAGCCUCCGUCAGCCAGGGAACUGGACCCAUCUGGCUGGACAAGAUGGACUGUCUGGGGAACGAGUCGUCUUUGUGGGAGUGUCCAUCAGCAGGGUGGGGACAGCAUGACUGUGGUCACAAAGAAGAUGUGACAGUCCUGUGCUCAGUAAGAAUCCAGCACCCUGCAACCCUGAGUUGGAAACAUCUGUAAAAUGGAUGGAUGGAUGUUUUCUUCCUGGCUAUACUUGCAUGAAAACCAUUGCUGUUAGGAAUUUUCUUGAAGGUCAAGCAACUAACACACGGAGAGUGAG